GUUCGGAACUCGACCUCGUGUGUGGGGAGACCUCCAGUUAGUCAGCACUAGCUUCAGUUCAGUGGAUAUUUGCACCGAAGUGAUUUCAAUUAGCUAUGCUGAUGAGGCUGGACAAUUGCUCCUGCUGCAGCUGCUGCUGCUUCUGUUAUUGUUGUUGGCCGGGAAAGUUCUCCGUCCACCUUCUGGUUCCGGUGGACUAAAUGCAUUUGUGUAGUUUUGUGGUGGUUCUGUUGACAAGUUUUCGGUUCCUGGCCGGUUCAUUAAAUCAAGUUCUGAAACAGAGAGAGCGAGUUCACGCCACGCCGCGUGAUGACGAAUUGAUGAUGGUGACACGUGGACCGACCGACCAACCUCGUUGAAGGUGUAAUUAAAAGAAAUAAUUAAACGGCCAGGCCAGGGAGUACGCGCGCGUAAUUUUGCCACCCUCCGUGUCCGUGUCCCCGAAUUUAAUUGCUGCGUCUUGGACGAAACCCCCCGCCGGAGUGACUGGCCUGGUGUCAAUCCGAGGGUAGUUAAACCGCAAGCAAAGUGGCGAUUAAGGAUACUUCAAACAGGAUGGCUACGACGAAGAAGGUGCUCCACGUGGUGGCGCUGCUGCUGGCCCAGUGCGUCGUUACCUGCGUGCAGAAGGAUGUUUCCGGGAUCGAUCCCAAGUUCAGCGCGCCGAUUUCGAACGUGACCGUUCCGGUGGGCCGGGAAGGCGUCAUGACGUGCACGGUGCAUGAUUUACACAAAUAUAAGGUUGCCUGGCUCAGGGUUGACACUCAAACGAUAUUGACCAUCGAGACGCUGGUCAUUACCAAAAGUGAGCGAGUUUCGAUAACACACACUGAGCAGCGAAUUUGGCAGCUAAGGAUCAAGGACAUUCAAGAGUCCGACAAGGGUUGGUACAUGUGCCAGAUCAAUACCGACCCGAUGAAAAGUCAAAUGGGAUACUUGGACGUUGUGGUCCCCCCGGACAUCCUGGACCACCAAACCAGCCAGGACCUCACCGUCCCAGAGGGCUUCAACGUGACGCUGACCUGCACCGCCAGUGGCGUACCCGAUCCGACCAUCCUGUGGAAGCGUGCCGGCGAGAAACCUCUUCCCCUUCUCCUGCCCGGGGAUGACCUCUUCGCAGGAAGUAAGCUCGUAACCGCCCACGAGGGGUCCGUGUUGAAUAUCUUCAACAUCCAGCGGGACAACGCCGGUGCGUACCAUUGCAUUGCGUCCAACGGAGUGUCCCCGACCGUCAGCAAGCGGAUCCUGGUCACGGUGGACUUCGCGCCAAUUGUGCGCGUUCCGGCCCGGCAGUACACGGCCGAAAUUGGCCAGAAUGUGACGCUGGAGUGCUUCGUCGAGUCCCACCCGGACCCGGUCACGUACUGGAUGCGGGGCAAGGGCGAGCUUAUACUGCCAGGUUCCACCGAGGUUAAGCACUUUGCCGAGCACGUGUACAAGGUGUCGAUGCACACCCAGAUCCACCUGCAGCGGAACAGCGACUUUGGCAUCUACAAGUGCGUGGCGAAAAACGGGCUCGGCAUCUCCGAGGACGCCAUCAAGAUCCAGAAGCGGAUAAGUAAAAUAACAAUCCAAGAUGAUCCACCCACAAUCGUGCUUGAUGAGCGACACGAAAAGAAACUUGGCAAGGCUGUCAGUCAAAAGAAUCAGUUUCGAGAGUUGGUUGUGCUGGCCAAAAACUCCGUUGAUUCUGGAGCUAGUGGACGUCACCCUGCAAUGGCUGUUACCCUUUUGGUGGGUUUUCUAUCUUGGAUGAUAUGCUCUUGACUGAUUCAAGUUAGACAGAGAUUGAUUAUUGUAAAGCAUAAGUCAUCAGACAUAUAAAUAUACGAUCCAUUUUUGACUAGUGAUGAUAAGGCCUCUAAAUUAAACCGCAAUUCGAAAUUAUACGAUCCAAAUUGUUGAAUACUAUAAAUAAUGCUUACUAGACUUACUAAAAUCUUACCAUACGCGCUAUUAAUUAAAGAAAUGAAGCUGUAAAUAUAAUUGUAAUUAGUAU